AUGUCUUCUAUCAAUCGAGUAGAAACUAUUGUUGAUCUAGCUAGAUGGGCUUGGGAUAAAGGUGGGAUUUCAGACUUGGAAAAUUUUUUUCUUAUUGCUUGGGAUCUGUGGUAUAGAAGAAAUAAGAAAAUGUUUGAAGAGAAGGAUUUACUGCCAGAGCAAGUAAUUGUGCAUGCUCUAUCUCUGCAGAAGGGGUUUCAUGAUAUGCGGUGUCUUCCCAAUAAGCCCAGUAAUUUAUUCUGUUCUUGGUCUCCUCCACAAGAAGGUGUUCUAAAGCUAAAUGUGGAUGGUGCCAUAUUUGAUGCUCAGCAUUGUGCAGGGGUGGGGGUGGUUCUGCGAGAUGAGGGGAAGGUUAUAUUAGUAGCAAGUAGAAAGGACCAGGAGGUGAAUGAUCCUAUAGAGAUAGAACUAAUUGCCAUCUUCAGCGGCUUACAACUGUGUAUGCAUAUGGGGAUCACACACUUGGUGGUGGAAACAUAUUAG